AUGACACAAGACGUGGAGGGCAGCAUUGCAAGGCUGCCGUGCAACCUUAGUAAGGGUGACCUUUUACUUCAACAGCUCCGAUGCAUCGCCGACCCUGAGUAUCUACGACAGUCUCAGAACUACGAUGUCUCAGAUUGUGAAGCCAUGAUGGCCACAGUAAGAGAAGUAUUUGAGGCUAGAAAUCUAGGUGCAAUACUCGACAAGUUCGAGCAGCCCUUAUACGCCAUUGACAACUUUGUCAGGGGCAUUACCGUAAUGGUGCAAGGUUUGGAUCUGAUAGCCCAGAUUAUCUGGGGCGGUUUCAUAAUCGUUCUCAAGAACGCUGCUCGCUUUGUUGAUCUUAUCGACACUCUUCUGAAGUGCAUAACCACAUUGUCCAAGAUGCUUGCCAGGUUUCGAAUCUACAGCGACAUGUACGCAACGGAGAGAGUAACGGCCUCUCUGGUAGAUGUUUGUGCUUCCUGUGUCGAGUUUUGCGCUGCCACCGCCAAGGUAUUGCGUCGACGUUCAAUCUUGAUCUCAACUCUAGUCAACUUUGUUCGGUUGAACUGGGAUCCUGUUGAUCUCAAAUUUCGGCAGCUGAAGAUAAAGAUCGAAGAUGCGGGAAAAAACUUCGUGGAUGAGGUCGGGUUGCAACAUGCCAAAGAGACACACGAAUUGACCCAAGCAGUGAGGUCUAAGGGCCCAAGAAUCCCAUGCUACAUCAUGUCCCCGGCCAAAAACCGCCUGUUCUUUCCAAGACCCAUCGUAACGACACAGAUUGAGGCCCAUCUUCUUCCUACCGAGUUACCAUCAGCUGGGCUAAAGUCGUUUCUCCUUCACGGACUUGGAGGCUCAGGAAAGACGCAGCUGGCCGCUAACUUUGCUUACGACCACUGGCACGAUUACGACAUAAUUAUUUGGGCUGUUGCUGACACUGAACAGCGGAUUGCACACCAUUUUCUCCAAGCUGCAACCGCUCUCAACCUUCCAAGCAGCGGAGAUGCAAGUACCAUUGGGACAAACGUCAUAAAGUAUAAGUGGCUUAUCAUCUUCGACAACGUUGAGGAUGAAAAGCUGCUAUUGGAGUAUUGGCCAAACUCGACCAGAGGGUCUAUCCUCAUAACCAGCCGGCAACGGAUACUUGGCACCACUCUGGUGGGUGACGCCUGUGAGGUGGGCUCACUCACUAACGAGCAAGGUGCUUCAAUGAUUCAACUUCUUCUUGAAGACACAGUCAGUGAUGCUCAAGACCGCAGUCUUGUUGAAGAAAUGGCGAACCAGCUAUGUGGGUUACCCCUGGCGUUGGCACAAAUGGCGGGAUACCUUCGAACCAACCAUGUCACCGUCAACGAGUUCCUGGGUGAUUACAAAAACCGAGAGUACGUCCGCACGCUGUUGGGGAGCGCCAAGAGUUUGGAUCAUCAACAGUACCAGCAGACGUUAAAAACGGUCUGGCGGCUGUCCUUUGAGAAGCUCUCAGCGGAUGCUCAAACUCUACUAAGGAUUGCUGUGUUCCUCCACCCGGAUGGAAUGCCGAACCAACUGUUCCAAAUCCCGCAGACGCCAUCAGGAAUGACCUCGCCCCCAGCCCUGCAGGUCUUAGAUAAGUCGCACAACAGAUUCAGAUACAAUGCGGCAAGAUCAAGUCUCACUCAACAGUUUCUAAUGAAGUAUGAUAGCAAGGAGCUCUCACUAUCUAUUCACCGACAAGUUCAACAGAGUGCUCUCCAUGAACUCCUCGACGGGGAUUCUGGAAAGAUCCAAACAGCAUUAUUUGGGGCAGUCCAGGUCUUGUAUCAUGCUUACCCCCGGCAAUCCCCUCUGGGCAAGCCAAUCCCAAACUGGUCGGCCUGUCAGCUGUACACCGCCCACGUUCUCCAUCUCCUGGGCCUCUACGAUGUAGAGACUAGAGUCAAGGGGGAAGCCAAUGAGAAAACUCUCACGCUACUGACAGAGCUUUUUUGCGACUGCGGGGUUUACCUGUGGGCAAGAGGGCUGUUUGGGGAUGCGGAGCGCCUCGCGCGUGCAUCAAUUGAGAUUGCGGAGAGAGUUCUGGAGCCCCAUGAGUGCCUGCGGGCACAGCCGUAUACUCUGCUUGGUUGCAUCUGCCUCCGGUCGGAAAAUAGAAGGGAAGAAGCCGUUGAGUCGCUCGAGCUCGCCCUCAAAAUCCGCCAAGAGAACUUGCGGAUCGACUACAAACUCACCGAGCCGCCACUACACAUUGACAUCCAGCUGGCCAACGCCUUCAGUAACCUGGGCAUUGCUGCGAAACAGGUUGGACAUUUUGAAAAGGCUGCUCAAUUGCACCAAAAAGCUAUCGAGAUCAAAGAAAGACGGCGAGGUCCUUGUGCUGGCUUCUUGCUGGCCAUUUCUCUAUUUAAUAUGGGAAAACUCCGCCGCCUGCAAGGGGACAUAGAGGAGGCGGUGAGGCUCUUUGGUGAAUGUAACAAAGAAAUGAGCAUUUACAAGGAGAACGAAGAAAUGAGAGCGCGACAGGCAGUUUGGCUUUGCUCGCUAGCCGAAGCCGAGGCGAGUCUGGGCCACGCGAAAGACGCUGAAAGGCAUUUCAGAGAGUCGCUCCAAGCGCUCAAGGAGGUGAUGAAUGACUCACUGGACACUGGAACGACAUGUCUGAGAUUCGGCACCUUCAAAUACAGAGCUGGAAGAUUCGAGGAGGCUGCGAUCUUGUUCAAAGAUGCUGAGAAGAUCUUUGUCAAAAAGCACAAGACUGCGUCUGGCGAUGAGUUUGUCUUUCAGAACAAGCUUGCGUGCUCUCUCCACUGGCUUGGUCGAACCUACGCCAAGCUCGGCAAGGAACGCGAUUCGGACGAGGUGCAGCACAGAGCCUCGGAGCUGUACAGAAGAAUCACAGGGAGGCAGAUUUCGUUGGAUCCUGAGGAAGCACUUGAAGGGUAUGAAAAACUUGUCUCGGAUGAUUGA